AUGAAGCCAUUCCUAUCCGUACCACUAGCGGUGCUAGCACUAGCAUUUGCCGAGAAUACCCUGGGCUACCAUGAGAGAAAUGCUUCUUCAUCCACAGCCAUCGCCAGUACGAUUGACUUAGAGACAGGGGCCACUUGUGCGUGCCGCAAGCUGAACUCGUCCUACUCGGAGUACACUCUCUUCCCCGACUCGGCGAAUUACACAGCGCAAGCAACCAACUACUGGGACAUCCGGGCAGACCUUCACCCCGCGUGCAUCUUUCUUCCUACUUCGGCCUACCAGUUCCCGGGCUCCAAUAACAUUGAAGGAGGUGUUCUUCUAGCCUCUGAUAACAUGAGAAACUACACUGUCAAUGGCGACACAAUUAGUGUCACUCCUGGAAUGACCUGGUACGACGUGUACGUUGCGCUUGAACCCUACGGCCGCGUUGCCAUCGGUGGUCGCCUCAAGACUAUCGGAGUUCCCGGUCUGACCCUCAUUGGCGGUGUUCACUAUUUCUUAAACAAGUACGGCUUUGCUAUGGACAAUGUUGUCCAAUACGAAGUCAUCUUAGGGAACGGCACCAUGGUCCUUGCCAGCGCCACGUCGCACCCGGAUCUCUUCUGGGCUCUAAAGGGCGGCGCAAACAACUUUGGAAUCGUGACCAAGUUCACGCUUCAGACUUACGCGAUGCCUCACAUUAGCACCACGAUGCAGGUGUUCGGCGAAAAGGACGUAUACGAGUUUAUAAAGGCGUCGUGCGACCUCGUCCACGCUUCGAAUGACGCAUCCAUAGCGGCUGGAAGCGUCUUGACCAUCACCUACAAUAUAACAGCCGGCAUUGUCUCUCCCAUACUCCUCGGUGUCCAGGAGGGCAUCAGUUCUCCUCCAUCGAGAUUUGCAAACUUCACCGCUAUUCCAGGAGACACCAAGAUCCACAACGUCACCACGUCCAAGCAAUGGGCUGAGAACCUUGAUACUCCUAAGCAGAUGUUUCGUGUCUUAUUCGGUCACCAUUCCAUGUACCCCGACACCGACACCCUUUACUCGAUGUAUGAGACCUGGAAAGCGGCCUUGAAUCAAAUUGCCGACGUCCAGGGCCUAAACCCGACCUUUGUUCUGAACUUGACCCCGGCCAGCGCCGCUUCCGUUGGCAAGACCAACGGAAUUGGCAAUACCUGGGACCUCCCUGUAGAGCCCCUAAUAUGGUGGCAGCUGAGCACAGAGUGGGUUAAAGCCGAGGAUAGCUCUCGCAUUGAGUUGUGGACGCAACAACUCGUAGAAAGCCUGCAUGCGCAAAAUCAACGCAACGGGCUGGCAAGGGAGUUUAUCUAUAUGGGCGACGCGGGGGAAUGGCAAAAUCCCUUUGUGGGCUUUCCGGCUAAGAACGUGCAACGCAUGAAGGAUAUCAGGGAAGCGUAUGACCCCUCGGGCACGUUUUCGAAGCUUAACUGGGGUGGGUUCAAGCUUGGUGACUGAGGGCUGAAAUGAAG